AUGCCCACACUAGAGAUCCAGGCCAAUCUGCAGGAGGCACUGUCGCGACUCGACCAACUGCUGCCACGAGAGCAGGUGCCACGUGUGGUGGGUCAUCCACGUGGGGUGCAGAACCUUGAGCCGAGCACCAUGCAGGGACGGCGCGAGGCACUGGUGGCAGUCGGGCCGGAAGCUGGAUGGAGCGAAGAAGAGCCGUGUGAGCUGGACCUGUUGUCGUCUGCCGGGUUCCAGAGCAUCACGCUUGGACAAAGAAUCCUGCGAACAGAUGUGGCCACCGCCACCCUCUUGGCGCUUACUGAGCAGAUGCUUACAUGA